CUCAUUCCCACAGUCUUCUGUCGCCACCAUUAGAGUCGAUAACACAAAUUGUGUCAGUUCAAAAAACUGUGCUCGCAAGCUUCUAAUAACUUCUGAAAAAAUGUUCAAAUUUGUGUUGCCAAUUUUCCUGAUUUUCCUUUGCGAACAAGGACUAGCUCAGGAACGAUUUAUAGCUGUUGUGACGGAAUAUGUGCGUGGCAAUUUUAGUGGCGCAGUUGCGAGAUGUCCAGGAACCAUCAUAACAGACAGACAUGUUCUCACAACUGCGGCUUGUGCCACUCCCACAAAUGAUUCCUUUUUACUGGGUAUUAGAAUUAACUUCGAUUUUGGAGGUGGUGCGUACGGUUCUACUGAAACUCCAGCUGAACGAGCCUUUAUUCAUCCUGACUACAAUGGAGACAUCUUCACGAAUAAUGUGGCAGUUGUUCUGAUUGACGGGAAAUUUAAUGCUACGACACUCCCACCCAGAAGACUCGGCUCAAUACCAUUUACUUCCACAACAUGUACCCUGUUCGGCUUCGGUGGAGCAGCAUUAUAUCCAGAUACAGUAGAAGUAGUAGCAUACACCCCGGAAAAUUGUUAUUCGAACCACACACAAGCCUACUGCUCGGAACAUGUGCCACUCACACGAGCUUGUUCGGCUUCAGUUGGUUCGCCACUUGUAUGUAAUCCUCAGUCGGUUGAUGGAAUUUUACUUCAAACUGGUUGCCAAGAAGAAAGCCCAGGACGGUAUUUGCAGCCAUAUCACUCUGUUGACGAAUUUAGAGAGUGGAUCGAAUCGGUUUCGGGUGCAGUGCUAGUAAAUCAAAUUUCGACAGUUCUGUUAUUAUCAGCACUUGUUAUCGGUUUGUGGAAUUUGGUGUGAACAUUGGUCAACGAUUGUUGAUAAGGUUGUUGUCGGGCACAGAAUUUCUAUGGAAAAGUUUUUGUUUUGUGUAGAAGAGUUGCUUUUGUCUGGAAUAUACCGGGGUGGAGAGAAGUCGUGCGGCCGAAUGCGCAGCAAUUAUUUGAAAUAUAUAUAAUUUUGGUGGAGAACAUA